AUGGAUGAAAAUAAACCUAAAUCUCCUGAGCGUAGAACUGUGAAUAAAGUGAGAAGGCCUUCUACCGAUUCAAAGAAUGAGACUGCUGGCCAUUCCAGUUCUUCGAGCAGUUCAGAUUGUACACAUCAUAAAGGUAAAGGCACGGACGUAUCUGUUUCUAAAAUCAACAGUGUUUCACGCUCUAAACUGGCUGAACAGGCCGUUGCACGACAAAAUAGAUCCCUGGGCGUCCUAAAUGGAGUUCCUACAGAAGUAAAGUUGCCAGUUGCGCCAUAUGCGUCCACAUUGAGGAGGUUGGAGAAGAGGAAAACGGUGAAGGAGCUGAACGAAGAUGACUACGUGGCGUGUAUGGAGAACAUAAUAGAGCGUGACUAUUUCCCAGACUUGCUGAAGUACAGGUACCUGAAGGCAAUAUCGGAAGCAGAAAAAUCAGGAAACAAGAAGUUGGCGGGCAAGCUGGAGCGAGAAUUGGAGAUGAUCAAGUCGGGGGAGAUCAACAACGAAGUGUACCUGAGAACAAUAGCAGACGAAAACGUACUGGUGAACCUGGGAAAGGAUGGGCUGAAGCUGGACGAAUUCAAUAGAAUAUUCUCCUCGGAAGACAACAGAAGCUUCGACAAGCUAAUGGAAAAGGACAUUCAUGAUAAAAAUGAGAGGACGAAGUGGAUGGAGGAUGCAGAGCACAGGCACAAUUUGGCGCUGGCAGAUGUGCAGAAGAAGACGAACGUGGGAGAGAGGUCGACGGGGCUGCAGCUGAAUAAGUUUGAAGCAAGGAACCUCUUAUUCUUCUCGCCGGAUGAGAAGCCGCUGGAGCCGACAGGAGGAGUGAUACUGGCGAGAAAUACGAAUCUGAGCCUGGGCCACAAGGAGUUGGAUCAGAUGGCAGCACUGCAGGCGAGCAGGACUAACAAAAUAAAGAGAAGAAAGGCCGACGAGGAAAUAUCGGACCUGGUGGUGGCGCACGGAGCCUCGAGAAACAAGGAGCUUCUGGAGAACAGCGGAAACGCGAGUUCGUACGUGUUCACGCCAAAAAUAGUGGCCGGCGAGGCGGAGCCGAUAUUUACUUGGGGCACGAUCGGAAGCGUGGAGUCGAUUCCGCAGACGCCGGCGCCCACAGGCCGCGACGCGGUAAAGAAGCUGAUAAGGGAGGACCCGAGUCUGAGGGAGGGCAAGGAGUUCAACAUGCCGAGGCCGCUGGAGAGGGAGGAGAUCGCAAACAAGCUGUACCGGAAGCUCAAGGCGCCGAAGACGCCAGCUCGUCCCGACACGCCAUUCACGCCGAAAACGCCUCUGAUAGUGCAGAAGCUGAUCGCGAAGCACUCAAAGGGCGUCGACACUCAGCUGAGGGACUUCUACUCGCUUCGGAAGUACAGGUCGUCGAGGGCCUCUUCACUUUCCUCGAGGAAGUGA